UUAUACUUGAAGUCUAUGAUGAUAUGCCUCAUGUCUGGCAUCUUUACACUUUUUCUAAACCUUCAAAAGUAGCAUUUGAACGUUGUCAUGAAUUUAUAAAACGUGUUACUUCUACUGAUACUGAUGACAAUAAUAUUUCCAUGAUCGAUCUUAUUAAAGAAGAUGUAGUAUCCCCUUCUAUUUCUGUUUCUCCCUCAUUGAUUGCAAUGAGAGUUGGUACAGAUGGUACGAUCAGAGAAUGGAACGAAACUGAUCGAGAUUGUUUAAAAUGGGAUAAAAUUGGCGUAGUGCCUAAGCCUAACCAUUUAAAAAAGUACAUUAUCUGA